GGCUGACUGCGGAGUAGUAAAGAGGAGGCGGCUGUACUUGAGCCACGAAGUGUACAUGAUGGAAGAGAGGAUGGUGAAGAGAUUUUCUGCAUUUUCUAUAUUUUUUCUUCUACUAGAAAUGAAUAUUUGUGCGCAGUGCUCGAGCAUAGAUGGAGAAUUGGGCGAUCGCCACAAACCUGCAGUAUUAUUGGUAAUUCUAGCUAGAAAUAAAGCGCACACGUUACCACAGUACUUGGGAUUCAUAGAUAACUUGGAUUAUCCUAAAGAUAGGAUCAGUUUAUGGGUCAGAGCAGAUCACAGCAUUGACAACACAUCAGCUGUUCUAAGAGAGUGGGUGAAUGGCGCAGGUCCACUGUACCAUUCGUACGACAUGAGGUUCGAUGACUCCCCAUCCUUCUUCGCUGAUGAGAUUGGCCCCAUGGACUGGCCAGAAUCGAGAUACUACCACAUCAUUAACUUACGAGAGGAGGCAUUAAACGCUGCAAGGCGAAUGUGGGCUGACUAUGCAUUUUUUGUUGACAGUGAUAACUUUUUGGAAUAUGAAGACACACUUAAUGAAUUAAUCAAGCAAGAAAGACUGUUGGUAGCACCUAUGCUAGAGUCCAGCACAGCCUUCUCCAAUUUCUGGUGUGGACAGGAUGAAAAUGGUUAUUAUAAGAGAACGGAGGAAUAUCUGCCUACCCUGCAAAGAGAACGUCUUGGCUGUUUCCAUGUUCCGAUGAUACAUUCUACGUUUCUCAUCGAUCUUCGACAAAGGAAGUCUGACAGCUUGACAUUCAACCCUAACAAAUUGAAGGAUUACAAGCAUGCAGUGGAUGACAUCAUUAUUUUUGCGCAGUCUGCUAGAGAUGCUGGUAUUCCAAUGUACAUUUGUAAUCAUAAAGAGUUUGGUCACAUGUCAGUUCCACGGCAGCCCCGAGAGACUCUGGAGUACGAUGAAGAAUGCUUCGCCAAUCUCAAACUGGAUGCAAUGACGCAAUACUCACAGUGGGAGUACAGGUGGAAUAAGACGAGGAAACAUUAUGGUGAAGCCGAACCAAUGUUGGUGUCCAAAUAUGUCACUGUCCCAGAGAAAACGAAAGAUUCGCUUGGCUUUGAUAAGGUGUUCCUGAUCAACUUGCUGCGGCGACCCUUUCGUCGCCGACGCAUGCUGGCGUCCCUGGCUGAACUUAGAGUUGACGCAGCUAUAGUUGACGCUACGGACGGAAAGUAAGUCAGAGUUA